UGUUUAUAAAGAGACUAAUUCUGCAGCUCCCAUCAUCAUCAUCAUCUGUCUGAAUCUCUCUUGGUUUUAAUCAUGGCAGCCAAAAGAUUUCUUGAUGAAUCAGGUUCCGACCCAGAUCACCCAUAUGAGAAACGAAUGAGAACUACACCUUCUUUUGCUUCGGUAAUUACAAAAGCAAUUACGGUGAAUUCUUUACAGAGCCUCUGUUCGGCCUUGGAGCCAAUGCUAAGGCGAGUGGUGAAUGAAGAAGUGGAGAGCAGUCUGAGACUGCGUUCUUCACGCCCUUUCACUCGUUCUCCUUCGUUGAGAAUCCAGGCACCUGAGCCACUCCCAUCAAGUCUGCAGCUAAUGUUUAGCAAAAAUCUCUCACUCCCAAUAUUUACAGGGAGCAAAAUCGCUGAUAUAGAUGGCGCUUCCCUUCAAAUCCUUUUACUAGAUACUAGAGGUGAUCAGGCCGUUCCAGCAUCCCUUCCUCCCGCAGUGAAAGUAGAAAUCGUCGUUCUUGAUGCAGAUUUCCCUUCUGAUGAUCGGAAUACUUGGACUAGUAAAGAAUUUGACAACAAUAUAUUGAAGGAGAGAACCGGCAAGAGGCCUUUGCUCGCUGGAGACUGCUUGAUGGUCACUUUAAGAGAUGGAAUUGCAACAGUUGGAGAGAUUGAGUUCACCGAUAAUUCGAGCUGGAUUAGAGGCAGGAAAUUUAGGCUUGGUGCAAGAGUGGUUCCGGGGAGCUCCAACGGUGUUCGUAUUCGUGAAGCAAUGACUGAAGCUUUUGUCGUCAAGGAUCAUCGAGGAGAAUUGUACAAGAAGCAUCACCCGCCAAUGUUGAAUGAUGAAGUCUGGCGUCUUGAGAAGAUUGGGAAAGGUGGAGCUUUCCACAAAAAGCUAGCUGCUGAAGCCAUUGACUCGGUCCAAGAACUAUUGAAAUUGUUCACUGUCAACCAACCAAAGCUUAGAAGGAUUUUAGGUCCUGGAAUGUCCGAAAAAAUAUGGGAAGCAACAAUUAAGCAUGCAAAGACUUGUGAAUUGGGAAACAAACUUUACAUGUAUCAUGGACAGAAUUUCAGUGUGACAUUAAACCCUAUAUGUCAAGUUGUUGGUGCCAUUAUUAAUGGCCACACAUACUUUGCCAGGGAUCUUCCAAGAAUUAAUAGGGGCUUCAUUCAGAAUUUAGUGAAUCAAGCAUAUGCAAAUUGGAGCUCAUUAGAAGAGGUGGUUGGAGUUUCAAGUGAGAUUGCUUUGCUUACACAAGGUGAGGAGCUAGUGGAGGAGUACCCCAAUCACCACCAUCCUCAGGCCUAUAUUGAGAUGGGGGACCAAUAUCAACCUGACCAGCUGUUCUAGUGCAAAUCUGGCUUACAGCAAUAUAGAAAUUUAGUAUAAAGAAAGGAGAUCCAUGUAUUUAUAAGAGGUGCAUGUACUCUUAAGAGCACUGAAUAAGCCCUCUGCACCAAAUGUCCCUUUUCAGAUAGUGAAUUGACACCUAGGUCUUACAUUAAUGGAGAAACGAUACUAGAUUUUGGUUUCAAUGUAAAUAGAGAAAAAAAAAAAGAGUCAAAGUUGGUUAACCUAUGUUUUGUAGGAAAAUUUUGAAGGGAAGGUCAGGAAUUUUAAGAUGAUAUCCUUAAGAGGAAAGUUUCUCAAGCAAAAUAAGAUUUUUAGAGGUUCUGAAACCUAAAAAAGCCUUUUUUUUUUUUUUUUUUAACACUGGUGGAUUGUAGAGGUUUUUAAUAUCUUACUUCCAUUACCUUUAAUUAAGUAAAAUUUCCUUUUGCUGUAUUCCA